AUGUCGCUCGAGGAGAAGUUUAAUGCUGCCGUCAAUGUAAUAAGGAGUCUGCCGAAAAGCGGGUCAUACCAGCCCAGCAAUGAGCUGAUGCUGCGCUUCUACAGUUACUUCAAGCAAGCAACAGAAGGGCCUUGCGACAAACCGAAACCAGGAUUUUGGGACGUCGUCAACAGAGCGAAAUGGGAGUCAUGGAACAAACUCGGCAACAUGUCACAGACAGAGGCCAUGCAAGCAUACGUGGAUGAACUACACAAGGUUCCCAAUCCUUCCCAAAAUCAGUUCACCGAACAUUCUUUACGUGCGUUGUAUGUUGAGAAACGUCGUCAUUGGCAAAAUCCACCUCGGAAAAAAGACCGAGCUGGUGGCCGGAGAUGUUCUACGCAGGGUCCGCUCGAACAUAACACUCCUAUCGGCUCGCGUUCCGUGAGCGGUGCGUCAUCCCCCGUGCCCCGCGCGCGUCAUGACUCCGAGGACGAGUAUAUUGACACGGUCGAUUGGAGUCAGGUGGAUGCCGACACGGGCCAACCCGGGGGCUUAGCCACUGUCGAUGUUAACGUGAGCGACCCGGAGGUGCCCUUGCGCGCGCCCGCGCCCGCGCAAGCCGCGCCCGCGCCCGCGCCCGCGCCUGCGCAGACGCAGCCGCGCCUCAGCAACGGCCACGCGCACCAGAUCACCUCGCAACUCACACAUCUCAAGGUGCUGGAACAGCUGCCGGGCACGCUGGCGCGCCUGGAGGCCGAUGUAGCCGCGCUACGGAAGGCCGUGGAGGGCGAGCGGCUCAUGAACCAAAACCACGGCUGGCGGUGGCCCUGGCAGGAGCUGAGCCCUCCGACGUUGCUUCUGCUCGCCGCGUGGCCGUUCAUCGCCUACAAGUUGGCCGGACGGUUCCAGAGACGCAACACGUAACACGUCCUAAAUUAUUACGAAGACAUAGCAUAAGGGGAUCACGCGACAUAGUCGGCUGCGAUCGAAAGUUACAUUAAAAUUUAAAUCACAUAGCUAUUUUUGAAUUUCAAGAUUCUGUAUAUUUUCUACGAUUUGCUCGAAGGUUGACUUGUACUCAACUUGUAGAGAAUGCCUUAUAGCAUUAAGUCCGCCUUUUCUUUUGUAUUUUCUUUGUGCAAUAAAGGCUAAAUAAAUACUUUUUGUUUAUUUGUAUUUCCUUGUAUUUUAAUAUUAUUUUGCGUACUUAUUAAUUUUAUUUGUAAUGUAACUUUCGUUUGUCGCCAUCGCAUAGCUCAGUUUACAAAACGGAUAUGACGAUAUCUGUCUUAGUGAAAUGGUACCGUUGGGUUUUGUACGUUAAAAUAAAGGGGUAAGGUUCAUUUUCACUUAGCGUCAUUAUUUAUAGUCCGUGAGCCGAAUCAUAAAUUUAUCUGUUAUGAAAUAUACGUCCUUGGGAUCCAUUUUAGUUUUCUUAGUAUAUGUAAUUAUUUUAACUCUCACUUUCUGUGGAUCAAACGUUUGUAACUUACAUCGGAAUUCGCUUUUAAGUGUUAUAUGUAAAGUACAGAGAGUUAACGCAACUAUUAUUAAUAUAAAGGUUGUCAUUUAAUGAAUUCAUAAAAGUAUAUAAUACAUAAUGUCUGUUCCAUGAUGGGAACGACAUACAUGAUAAAUAAUUAUUAUAUGAGUUAUUAUCUGUUUCCGUAAUUUUAUAACAAUAUUUUGUGAAUUUUCAUUUUUCUUAAGGGUGGAUCAACAUUUUCUGUCCCGUCAGCCAGACUACAUAUAGUGCCUAGUAUAGUGUAUAUUUUAUACUGAUAUGUCAAGUAGAUGACCCGAAUAAAAGGGAUUAUAACUGCCAUAAAAUAUAGACGUUACAUAAUGAGAUAUUGAAAGUUACCCAGGAGACACAAAAAAUUGAUUCACCCUAAAAGAAAAAACAUUUAAUUUAUUUUUUUAUUGGAUCCUUUGGGCUCGUGUCCAAAUACAUAUUUAUUUAUAUUGAAAUGAAAUAUAUCAAGUUUUCGACUGUAAAAAAAAAAGUGAUUUUAUUUUAUCUGUUGUUUAAUACCGAUUUUUUUGGCUCCUAGGCUAGGUUUUUACAGCUUUUAGUGUUGAUAAUGCAUUUGUCAUGUUAUUUGUAAGAAAUGUCAGUUCUCAAUGAAAAUGCGUAGAAUUGAGGGUAGUUCACAGUAAAGGAAAAAAAAAGUUCUGAAACCGAGGGUUUACUGGUGAAACCCGAUAAGUUGAGCAAACUGGUUUUUGAAAUUCGAACUAUGUGCAAUUUCCACAAUGUUGUUAUUUCAAGGACAAAUUAUCUCGAUUUAUCGGGUUUCACCAGUAAACCUUCAAAAUGUGCUUUUUCGUAAAGUUCAUAAAUUAAAAUGAUUAUGGGUAUUUUUUUGUCAAUUUCACUUUUUAUAUUUGGAAAUUGUCAUACUUUUUCUACUCGUGAUCACAAGCUCUUUCAAUCCUAGUAAGAAAAAAAAAAAAACAUUUUUUCCACUGAGUUACGAUUUCGUAACUUGUAAGAGAGUAACUCAGUGGAAGAAAAACGUCAUGACAACAUGGGACAUCCUUUUUCUUGUUCUUGUACUAGGAUCAAUAGAUCCGAGUAGAAAAGACAUGAACAUAUCCAUAAAAAAAUUACAACUAAUUAAAAAUGACUUUGGUGCCAACAUAACAUAUUGUUUAGUGACUUUUUUUGAGUUAUUGUGUGACUAUCCGUCACUCUACGCACGCCAGUCAAUGUUACCUGCUAUAUUGUCUCACUUAAUUUAUUCGGCGAUAUUCACUUUUACAUUCUUACUUUUAAUUUAUUUUUAAGGGUAUUGGUGUACUGAUUACUAUUAAAUAAUGCACGCGAAGCAAACUAAAUUAGAAUA